AUGCUCCAAAUAGUUCCCCCUUGCUUAACCCUUUCACCCCCAUGCACUCCCGCUCUGCCCCUUGUCCUUCCUCUCUGCCCCUUGCUUUCCCUUUCAACCCCAUGCACUCCCGCUCUGCCCCUAUGUCCUUCCUCUCUGCCCCUUGCUUUCCCUUUCGCCCCCAUGCACUCCCGCUCUGCCCCUUGUCCUUCCUCUCUGCCCCUUGCUUUCCCUUUCAACCCCAUGCACUCCCGCUCUGCCCCUUUGUCCUUCCUCUCUGCCCCUUGCUUUCCCUUUCGCCCCCAUGCACUCCCGCUCUGCCCCUUGUCCUUCCUCUCUGCCCCUUGCUUUCCCUUUCAACCCCAUGCACUCCCGCUCUGCCCCUUUGUCCUUCCUCUCUGCCCCUUGCUUUCCCUUUCGCCCCCAUGCACUCCCGCUCUGCCCCUUGUCCUUCCUCUCUGCCCCUUGCUUUCCCUUUCAACCCCAUGCACUCCCGCUCUGCCCCUUUGUCCUUCCUCUCUGCCCCUUGCUUUCCCUUUCGCCCCCAUGCACUCCCGCUCUGCCCCUUGUCCUUCCUCUCUGCCCCUUGCUUUCCCUUUCAACCCCAUGCACUCCCGCUCUGCCCCUUGGUCCUUCCUCUCUGCCCCUUGCUUUCCCUUUCACCCCCCUGCACUCCCUCUCUGCCCUUUGUCCUUCCUCUCUGCCCCUUGCUUUCCCUUUCCCCCCCCUGCACUCCCUCUCUGCCCCUUGUCCUUCCUCUCUGCCCCUUGCUUUCCCUUUCAACCCCAUGCACUCCCGCUCUGCCCCUUUGUCCUUCCUCUCUGCCCCUUUCUUUCCCUUUCGCCCCCAUGCACUCCCGCUCUGCCCCUUGUCCUUCCUCUCUGCCCCUUGCUUUCCCUUUCACCCCCCUGCACUCCCUCUCUGCCCUUUGUCCUUCCUCCUCUGCCCCUUGCUUUCCCUUUCACCCCCCUGCACUCCCUCUCUGCCCCUUGUCCUUCCUCUCUGCCCCUUGCUUUCCCUUUCAACCCCAUGCACUCCCGCUCUGCCCCUUUGUCCUUCCUCUCUGCCCCUUGCUUUCCCUUUCGCCCCCAUGCACUCCCGCUCUGCCCCUUGUCCUUCCUCUCUGCCCUUGCUUUCCCUUUCACCCCCCUGCACUCCCCCUCUGCCCCUUUGUCCUUCCUCUCUGCCCCUUGCUUUCCCUUUCACCCCCAUGCACUCCCGCUCUGCCCCUUUGUCCUUCCUCUCUGCCCCUUGCUUUCCCUUCAUGCCCCAUGCUUUCCCUUUCUGCCCCCUCUUGUUCCGGUCAGCCCCUUUCUAUCCCUCUCUGCCCCUUGUCCUUCCUCUCUGCCCCUUGCUGCCCCUCUCACCCCACUGUUCUCACUCUCUUCCCCUUUGUUGUCCCUACAUGCCCCUUGCUCCCCCCCCAUGCCCCUUCCAUGCCACUUGAGCAGUGUUUCCUUUGGGCCCUCUGUGUACCACCCCUCUCUGUGCCACCCCUCUCUGUGCCACCCCUCUGUGAAUAUUUUUCUCCCAACGUCUCCUCAUCUCGUCUCCACCUAG